AUGGAUACGCUUAGCCCCAACAAUUGCAGCAAGAGCAACAGCAGCUCCAGCGGCAGCAGCGCCAACAGCUCCAGCAUGCAUCUGGAUGCGAAGCAAACGCGUCCGCGCGCCCUAAAGCUCAGCAGAUCGCGCAGUCUGCUGCAGCUGCUCAGCAAGCAUUUGGGCAAACAUUUUCAUCAUCAGCAGCAGCAGCAGCAGCAGCAACAGCAGCAGCAGGAUUUGGUUUAUAGCAGCCAGGAUGAUGUACGCAGCAGCAGCACAGAUUCGUUUAGUUUGAGCUUUGAGCGUGCGGGUUCGCGUUUGAAUGGCGCCAGCAGCUUGGAUUUGGAGGAGCGCAGCUCGGCAAGCUGCUCGCCUGGUUUGGAGUUUUAUGAUCACAGCGCGCACAUUUAUGUUGAGACUGUGUAUCGUCCUGGCAGCGCCUUGGAGCAUUGCAGCGGCCACUACGACGAUGAGCAAAGCAGCAGCAGCAGCAGCAGCAGCGCUGAUGAGGAGCAGGAACAGCCCGAUGAGAAUCUGAAUCAACAGCAGCCGCGUUCAGUGUCAGCCGCAAGCACCAAAACUUCCAUCUCCAGCUCCGUUUGCCGCAUGUUGCAGCACUUUAGCAGCUCCGCCAGCACAGCGAAUGCUUCACUGCGUUCGCUCAGCUGCAGCAGCACGCCGCUCAGACAGCAACGCAAAAAAUCGCUAACUCCACACAACAGCAACAGCAACAGCAACAGCAGCAGCAGCAACAGCAGCAGCCGCAACAGCAACAGCAGCAACUCCAAUUCCAACUCGAAAAGCAAAUCAAAAAAGGACAAAAAGCAAACGAAGCAGCAAAGCAUUCUGCGUCCUCCAGUGCAAUAUGUCUACAUGAAGGGCAUGUCCGGACUUUAUUCGAGAGUGCCCAGCUAUCAAGUGUGUUGCCACCAAACGCUGCAUCAUAUGUACUAGAGCAGCGCGUCUUAUUCAUAGCUUAGCUACUUAUCUAAA